AACAUAACCAAAGCAAGAGAGAAAAAGAAAAUGAAGAACCAAAUUUGUUGUACAAGCUUUGCCAUCUUCUUCUUUCUUCUUGUUACAAAGUGGUCAGGCGUCGACGCUCAAACUUGCAAACCUAGCGGCACGAUAAAGGGGAAAAAGCCUCCACCAGGACAAUGUAACCGAGCAAACGAUUCUGAAUGUUGCGUGCAAGGCAAGCCCUACACUGUUUAUAAGUGUUCACCCCCCGUGUUUAGCCGUACAAAGGCGACACUAACCAUCAACAGCUUUCAGAAAGGUGGGGAUGGUGGUGGACCAUCGGAAUGCGACAACAAGUAUCACCCUGAUGACACCCCUGUGGUAGCACUAUCAACAGGAUGGUUCAACAAUAAGCAUAGGUGUUUGAAUUAUAUCACGAUCUAUGGCAAUGGAAGGAGUGUCAAGGCCAAGGUAGUUGACGAGUGUGAUUCCACUAUGGGAUGCGAUGCCGACCAUGAUUACCAACCUCCAUGUCCUAACAAUAUUGUUGAUGCCUCUAAAGCUGUUUGGAAGGCUUUGGGAGUGCCAGAAAGUGAUUGGGGUGAAUUAGACAUAUAUUGGUCUGAUGCUUAAUUUCCAUUGUGUUUAAGAUAUACUAGACCUGUGUAGAGGUUUGUUGUGAUUUAUAUGUUUCUACGUUUAUGAUAUUACUAUAAAUACAAAGGCUUGUUUAUU